CUGCUAACGUGUCACUGACUGACUGAGCUCCGCUUCUCUGUCGGCAGCCAUGGAAGACGAGGAGCGCCAGAAAAAGCUGGAAGCGGGCAAAGCCAAGCUUGCCCAAUUCCGGCAACGGAAAGCUCAGACUGAUACUCAGAAUCCAGUAAAAAAACAAAAGAAGAAGAAGAAGAAAGUAGCAAGCAAAGGAGAAGAACAGCUGCCACAUGUCACAUCUAAGCAUCAAUUGCAAGGUAGUGAUGUUCGUGCAGAGAGAGGACCAGCAGGUGAUGGUGCAGAUUUCAUAAUUAAAAGGACUUUACACAGUGGAGAUGUGAUCAAACAGGAUCAGACAUAUACCAUUGAGCCAGAGAGUGAAGUAUCCACAACAGCUGAUGACUAUACAUCAGAGGCAAAUGGUUGUUGUACAGUGCAACAAGAAACACUAUUUAAAGCAGAAGAUAUGACAAGGGAAGAGGAAUUUAGCAUAUCAGAAAUCUGCUCUGAGCACGAUACACAGCCGUUUCAGACGAGACUCAAGAUAAUGGAGGAUGAUUUGGCUGCAAAACAUGAGGAGGUUGAAGAGCUGAACAGAGAGCUUGAAGAACUAAGUGUAUUUGAUACAGGAGGUUUACAGCAGCUACAGGAUUUUGAAGCUGCAAUCAAACAGAGAGAUGGUAUCAUUACUCAACUUACUGAUAAACUACAACAAGCUGGGAAGGAAAAGGAUGAGAUUCUACAAGAAUUUUUGGAUUUGACAGAGCAAAGUCAAAAGCUGCAAAUUCAGUUUCAACAGUUGCAGGCCAGCGAAGCAGUGAGGAGUACUAGCCAUGGUACAACAGCAGCUGACUUAAUUCAUUCAAAGCAGCAACUCGUUGCAUAUCAAAUGCAGAUUGAUGAACAGGAACAACAGCUGAAAACUUUUCAGAAAAUGAAUGAGGAAUGCCAACACCAAAUAAAAUUUUUACAAGCUCAACUUCAAGAUUAUGUAGUGAAUGCCAAUGAAAAGACUGACAAAGACCAACUAAUUGAACAUCUUGAAAAAACAAUUAAAGGUCAUGAAAGUGCCACGUCAUUGUUGGAAGAUAAAAUGCUUGCUUCAGAAAAAGUAGUUCAAGGUUUAAAUGAACGUAUUUUGCAAAAGAAUCAAGAGACUGAGAACCUAAAAAUAGAACUAAUGAGUUCAAAGCAAAGGGAGAGACAGUCAUCAGAGGAAAUAAAGCACCUUAUGGGCAAUAUAGAGGCUCUCCAGAAACGCUGCCACAUGGGCAAUUUAUCUGAAUUGGAAACAGUACAAAGGAUUGAAAUAGAAAAUCAACGCAAAAUGGAGCAACUUCAGGCAGAAUUGGAUGAGAUGUAUGGAAAACAAAUAGUACAAAUGAAACAAGAACUGCAGCAGCAACAUACUUCCGAAAUUAGAAAACUUACUGAGCAUCAUAAAUCUGAAAUGGAAAAGGCUCUGGGUCAUUCUGUGAAUAACCUAGUUAAUGAAGAGCAAAUUAAUGUGUUAAACAUGGCAAUCAAUGAAUUAAAUGCCAAAUUAAGAGACUCUCAUUUUCAAAGAGACCAACUAAAGCAAGAUAUGACACAACAGUUGGAAAAAGCUUCUGAGAAACAGAUAGAGCUGCAGAACCAAGUCCAAGAUCUUUUGGAGGAGCUCAAUUUCACUAAAGAUCAGAUGCGGAAAGCAUCAGAAAAUAUUACUGAUCAGAAAUACAAAAUGCAUGAAGUAGAAGAACUGAAAGACAUGGUUGACCAGUUGAAGGCCCAACUCAUUGCUGCCUCAGAAUCUAGUAAAGAGCUAGAGUCUAAGCAUGAGGCAGAAGUUACCAACUAUAAAAUUAAGCUUGACAUGCUGGAGAGAGAAAAAGAUGAAGUUUUGGAUAGGAUGGCUGAAUCUCAGGAAGCUGAAUUAGAGAGAUUAAGGACUCAACUUCUAUUCAGCCAUGAAGAAGAGCUAAGUAAACUAAAAGAAGAUCUAGAAAGAGAUCAUAAAUUGAAAGUUUGUGCUCUUCAAGAGCAAAUGGCUUUGAAUCAGAGUCAGCAAUUGGUAAGCUUGCAAAAAGAAUUUGGAAAAAAGAUUGAAGAGGUGAAUUGUGAAAGGGAUAACGUGGUCAUUAAAAAUAACCAAUUGUUAUGUGAGGUGUCUUUGUUAAAAGAGGAAAUAGAGUCGUCUCAGAAGGGCUCCAUGGAGGCUGAAAUGCGUUUGCAAAUAGGUGAACUUGAAAUGGAAAUUAAAGCACUAAGGAAAGAUGAAAAAGAAAAGAGUACACUUGAGAAAGAAGUCGUUGAGCUACAAGCCAAGAAUAAAUUUUUGGAGGAACAGAUUAAGGAACAAGAAACUAUGAAAGUAAAAAUUACUGUGCUUCAGGAAGAGAAUGAAGGCCUAAAAAAGAUGAUAAAACAAAUGGAAGGAAACUUGAAAAUUCAUAUUGUACCAGAAGGGAGUAAGUUAGCAUCGAUUAGUGAACAUGAUCUUUCAGAAAUGAGAGGACAAAUAGAAAGGCUUACUGUGGUUAAUGACCAGCUUGAAGCCCGUGAGAGAGAACUCAAAGAGGAGGUUGAGAGACAAAGAAACACUUUUUCUUUUGCUGAGAAAAAUUUUGAAGUUAACUUCCAAGAACUGCGUGAUGAAUAUGACUGCCUGCUGAAAAUGAAAUUUGAUAUAGAAGAAAAAAUGAUUAAGCAAGAAGUUGAAUAUGAAACAAAGUUAAAGGACUUAAGUGAACAACUCCAGCUUUCAGAAUCGAGGAAAGACACGGACAAUUUCACAUUGGUGAGACAGGUGCAGCUAAACAAAACUCUUGAUGAAUCCAAUGGCCAAUCUGAAAAUUUAGGAAGCAGAGAAGUCAUUGAAAAGGAUGCAACUGAACUCAUGGAAAAGCUUGAAAUAGCUCAACAGGACAAGAAAGAGCUAGCUAAGAGACUUUCAGAUCUUUCAGAGGUUUUAAUUUUGAGGCAGAAUGAAAUCUUGCAUUUGAAAGAGGAGCUCAAGUCUUUAAAGGAGCAAGCUAUUGAAAGGUAUGAGAAAAGUGACGUGAUAGAGAAUCGGAAACUGACGAUCCAAGAAGACAAACUGUCCCAAAUGAAUUUGAUAAAAGCAAAGAAUGAACGUCAAUCUAAACAGCCAGAUUUUACUGUGACCUGUGAACUAAAGGAAAAUGAACAGCAAGAAAAUCUAAUAGAGCAAAUCAUUUCGCUACAAAAUUCAAUGAAAAUUAUUGUCUUAGAAAGAGACGAGUUGCAACAAAAUCAGAUUAAUUUGAUUCAAGAAAAAGAAUCUUUAUUAACUGAAAUUGAGCAGUUAAGAGAAAAGCAUGUAUCUGAACUUUCAGACAGUAAACAGACUGAAAGGGAUCCCUGUUGGCACCACCUGGACUCUGUUCAGGCUGAACAAUCAGGCUUGGCUGAACUUGCACAGCAGAAAUCUUUCCUGGAAGAAAUCUUCCACAAAAAUGGAGAGGAAAUGAAAAGUAUGUUGUUUGCUCAGCAAGGAAAAUUGGAAUGGGAGAAGAUUGAGGAUCAGGCUGGAGGAUCUAUUUGUGAACUGAAUAUUGGGUUGAAUGAAAAUCAGGCAAAAGAUGCAAAGCACAAGGGUUGUGAGGAUCCUUUCGCAGUUCCAGGAAUUAUCAAAUCUAAUCAAGAUUACCUGCCACAGCUGGAACAAACACAGCAUCAAGCAGAGGCUGAGCUAAAGCUUCAGAUGGAGGCUCAGCGCAUCAGUCUUACUCAGAUUUAUGCUGCUCAUCUGGAGCUUGUCCGUGACAGUUUGAAAAAUGAAUCAGAGGUUGCUCUUGAAAGACUCCAGGAAAAACUCACAGCUGCUCAUGCUUUGGAAAUAAAUGAACUUCGAGCACAAUUUCAGCAGGAAUUACUGAACAUUAAAGCAUCUCAGAAAGGUACUGAAGAAUCAUCACAAAUGCUGAUAGAAAGGCUCAACAUGAUGAUUUCUGAUGAAUGUGUGCAGCUCUCCCAGGCAUUUGCCAGUGUACUAGGUGAAGAUUAUUUGAUAGAAAAGAGAAAGCAUGAGGACCAAUCUGAGGAAUUUGUAACACUGGGAAAAGCAGACCAUAUGGAAAAGGAAAACCAGGUGCAUAAAGACCGUGUUGAAGAAGCAAAAGUAAUGCAAACAAAUCUAGAGAGACUUCAAAAAUACCUCUUUGAGGAGUACAAUCGGCUAGUAGCUCUUCAAACACAAUUAACUAAUGAUUUCAAAAAGAUUGAAGAUCGCCAGGCUGCUUACCUAAAUUUGCAAUUGGAAACUGAAGAAGAAAAUGUUAGAUUGCGCAUGCAGAUAGAAAGCACCCAUGCUAAUUCUCAAGACCUUAAUGAUCUCAAGGAACAGUUAAAAAUCCGGUCAGCUCGGCUUGAAGAGAUUGUAAAGCUGAAGCAAGAAUUUUGCCAACAGAAGACAGAAUUGGAAGAGCUACAUGCAGAAGAAAUAAGAAGUCUGAAGACUUCUUAUGAAAAGCAGUAUCAAGAAAUGGAGGCAAAAUAUGCAGGAGAAAUCAACUGUCUACAACAAAAGCUACAAAAAAUAACUGGUUUUGUUCCGCAGUCCAGUUCAGGAAUAAGUGCGGCUGUUGAGCACAUCACUGGAAGUUCUGCUGUUGAGGUAGAACAACGAAGAGCAGAGGAAUAUAAGGUUGAGUCGAACGUGGAUAGCAUUCAGGAACAGCAAUGGCACAUGAAUCACCCAGACCUUUUGCAACAAGAACAGAAUUUGAUAAAGACAUUGCAUGAUUUGGAAGAGCAAUGCCAUCAAAAGCCAGAACAAAUACAAUCUAUGGUGACACGUUGCGGUCUAGACAAGAAAGUAGUUGGAAAUGAGUUAGCCAAACUUGCUGGGGAGGAGCCUAAUUCAAGUGCCCAAACUUUGAAUGAAGUUCUCACAAAAGUUACAUUGCAAGGAACUGAAGAAAAUAAGGAAGUUGCUUGUUUUGCACAUCAUCUGGAAAAGCAAUACGAAGAACGGAUGCGGGAAGAAAUUGCCAAAGUAAUUGUACAGAUGUCUGUACAGUUUGCUCAGCAGACUGAGUUGGCUAGGGUGAGAAGGGAUGUGCAAGAAGAGCCGAGUACAUGCAAAGCAAGUGAUGAAGAAUGGGAGGAAGAAGUGAAACGUACUCUCAAACAAGAUCUCCAGUUUCAAUUUGAUGCAGAGAGAAAAAAAUUGGAAGAAUUGUUUUCUGAAGAAAAGGAGGAGCUUCAGAAAGCACUAAAGCAAAAGAAUGCUGAAAUUCUUACUAUUCAAAGGCAAAUGCAAAACUUAAUGAUUAAAUAUAAAUUGGGAACAUGUGAUGUGAUUUCAGAAGCUGCUUUGCACGAGGAAUUUUUGAAUGCUGAACAAGAACUGUUCAGGGAUUCUUGUGCAACAGGUAAUUCCAAUCUAAAAGAAAUGAGCUUGGAAUGUAAAAUGGAAGUUAAUGAGUUCGAGAACCAAGAAGUUGCACAGGAGAGACUGGAAGACAUGAGGCAGGAGCUUGUUCGGCAAGAUCAGGAGCAUCAGCAAUCAUUAGAAGCUUUACGACAAUUGCAUACACAGCAGUUGGAGAGGUUGCAAGAAGAGCAGGAACAAUUGUUGGCUGAGGUGGAAAAGUUGAAGGGGCAGCUUCAGGAGAGUAUUCCUGUUUAUAAUGUGAAAGUGGUGUCAGAAAAUGAAAGAAUGCUUGCAGAACUGGAACAACUUAAAUGCUUUCCUGCAGCUGGAGAGGAAAGACUCCCUGUGGAAUAUUGUGACAGCAGUACACAAACAGAGAUGAGUGAGAGAGACGACCAGCAUAAAUCCCACAAGCAUUCUGAUCAAUGUAUGAAUAUACCAUCGUUUGAAGAAAAGUCUGAAGAAGCAAAUCAAACUGUCCUCAUAAAUCAAAGAAAUAGUUUCCAAAAGGCCAAUGACAGACUCUUGAAAGUUUUGUCAGAAGUGGUUAAGACGACGGCGGCUGCAGAAGAAACUAUAAAUAGGCACGUUUCAGCCUUUGUAGAAAGAUCAGUGAAAGGACAGCUUCCUUCAAGAACUUCCUUGUGGGAACAAGAUGCACACGAAUCCAUUGAGCAACUGAAGCCUUUCACACUUCAUAGUCAGGGAAAGGAAGAGCAGCCAGAUACCUAUCAUGGUACUGAAACAGAAGGUGAUGUUACUACUCUGUGGUCAGGAGGGGCAGAUGAAGGACUGGAACUGGAUCACCACUUCACACAGGAUAUUUUCAGUGGUGGAGAACUAGAUUCUGAGACUGAAGAGCUUGUAUUGCAUGUGGGAACUCGUCUACAAGCAGCUUUGGAAAAACUACUGGAGGCUAUUACUGAGACUACCUAUCAGCUUGAUCACGCCAGGAUCACUCAGACAGAACUGGUCCGAGAAUCUCUCAUUCAGAAAGAGCAGAUUGAUAAGUUGCAUAAACGCCAAGAAGAACUCCUUGAAAGACUUAAUGAAGAAUUGAAGGCCAGGGAGCAGCUGGCAUUGGAGCUUCAUAAAGCAGAAAGCAUCAUUGAUGGUUACACAGAAGAAAAAGCUGGCUUGGAAAGGCAGAUUCAGGAGAAAGCUGAGAGUCAGCAUCAGAUUACACAGGAGCUCCAACACACAAGUAGCCGUCUACAAGAAUUGGAAGAGGAGCGACAACAACUUCAACAAGAAAGAGAACUGAUUUCAAGGCAACGAGUUGCAAUGAAAGAAAAUGCAGGAUCUGUUGAGCUCCGCCAGGUUGAAGCUGCAGAUGCAGCACCAGAAGCAGAACUUCUGGAGGAAACGGAAAAACUCAUGAAAGAAAAACGGGACGUGCAACGUCAGGCAGAAAAAGAACAGAAUGACUUCACAAAACAGGUGAAAAUGCUCGAGAGUGAAUUGGAGGAACAGGUGAACAUGACGAUGGAGAUGGAGCAGGAAAAGAAUGCUGAGAUUUUGGAUCUACAGCAACAGAUUUUGGCUCUGGAAAAACAGCUGGAGAAAAAUAGAAAAUUCUUGGAUGAACAAGCAAUAGACCGUGAACAGGAGAGAGAUGUGUUUCAGCAAGAGAUAUUGAAAUUGGAGCAACAACUGAAAACUCCCCAAAGGCUUCAAUCCAACAAUGAUCAAAGAAAUAGAGAGAUGGACCAUCUGACUGAUCAGUUGAAAGACAAGACUGACCGGUGUAGUGAACUUCUGCUUGCCAAAGAGCAGCUUCAGAGAGAUGUGCAAGAACGGAAUGAAGAAAUUGAUAAAUUGGAAAACCGAGUUAGGGAAUUGGAGCAGGCAUUGAUCAGUACCACUUACCCCUUACAAAAGGCUGAAGAAAGAAAGCCACUGGUUACCUUAGAAGUCAAAGGGGACAGUGCACUUCAAAUGCAGCUGCAAGCAGAACGUGAUGCUCUCGAAAGAAAGGAGAAAGAGAUCGGAAACUUGGAAGAACAAUUAGAACAGUUCAGAGAAGAGCUAUUAAAUAAGAAUGAAGAAGUUCAGCAAUUGCAUAUGCAGUUAGAAAUUCAGAGGAAAGAGUCUGCCACUCAACUACAAGAGAUUCAGCAAGAAAACAAACAACUUAAGAAUGAGUUGGAAAACUUGCUGCUGUCUCUCAACGAUUCUAGUAAAUCAUUUGAUAAUCAUCAUUCGCCUGUUGAGGAUUUACCUAGAAAUCUCAAAGAAAAAGAUGAAGAAAUAGUAAAACUCAAUGAACAAAUUAUAACAAUGCAGCAACAACUGGAAUUCUUCUCUGACAAUAAGCUUACUGAGAAAAAGGAUGAACAGAUCAGGGACCUGGAAGCCCAAAUAGAAUAUCUGAAAAGUGACCAAGAACGUCUUAAAAAGCAUCAUGAGGAAGAGGUUGAACAAUUAAAUGAAGUUAUAGAAAAGCUACAACAGGAACUGACAAAAGUGAUGCCAUUGGAAUUAGUUCCUCCUGAAGAGGCAGAGAAUUUGAAGCAUCAGCUUGAUAUGAUGAUGGUGGAAAAAGAGCUCCUGCAACAACAAAUGGAUAAGCAGAGAGAAGAGGUGAUGUUCACAAAACAGAAACUUGAAGAGCAAAGCAGAAUGUUGCGAACUCAAGGAUUAGAAAUGGCAAAUAUCCCAGUGGGGGGAGAGGGUGAUUCUCUGGAAGGUUCACAAGACACUAUAAACAGUGUGACAUUACAGAUGCAGGAGCUGCAGGUUGCUAUCAAAAAGAAAGAAAAAGAGUUAGAUUCAUGUCACCUUCAAAUACAAAACCUAAAAGCACAGGCCCAGACUGAAGCUAGAGUACAUGAGAAGCAAAUUCUUGCUCUGGAAGAGGCUCUCAGGGAAAAAGUAGCAACGGUUCUAGUGAGUCAGGUACAGUUAAAGGCUGUACAGCAACAAAUUGGGCUCUGCCUAGAGCAACAACGAAAUCAAAUUAAAGAAAGAGGACAUGUUUCUCCUAUCAAGGAAGAUACCAUUUUGGUGCAACAACUACCGGAAGGAGAACAAACGCAGGUGUGCCCAAUAGGAUCAAAAGAUACCAAUCAAAUAUUUCCACAACAUAAAGGAAAGACUAAUAUUGAACACCAAAGCAAAGAAGUAAUCGUGUUGAGGAAGCAGCUAACUGAGCUGCAACAGCAAUUGAUUGAUCUCCAAAAGGAACUUGAGCUUGAAAAGCAAGUACUGUCCACAACUCAACAAGAAGCUAAAGAAAAAGAAAAGAAAUUAAUUGACUUGCGUCGCAUGUUAGAAAAGAAGUCAGCAGAAGAACAUGAUAGCAGGAUACAGAUUUCAGAAUCUCUAAUUGAUGUUAAAACAGCUCCAUCACUAGAAUCUCCUAAUCAGCUAGGUAUCACUUCCAUAACUGACCUGGUUGCAGAGUUAAAUCAGGUCAAAGCUGAAGCUGCAGUUACUAAAGAAGAAUUGAAUAGUUACAGAGAGCAGGCUGAAAAACUCCAGGAAGACUUGCAGGCAAAAGAACAAAUCAUAAUAAAUCUUCAGGAAAAACUCAAUGCUGCAACAGAGGCCUUAUGCAAAGCAGAAGAGAAAGCUGCUCAUUUUGAACAAGACAAGCAAACUUCUGAAGAGUGCCGAAACUUAGAUGGUAUUGAAAAACCAAAAAAUGAUUUGACUAAAGAAAGGCCAAUAAAAAUCGUAGCACAUUCAACAUUUCAGACUGAAAUACCAAUUGUGGAUGAUGUUGAUUAUGAAAAUGCAGAAGAACAAUUUAAGCCUUCAUUUAUCCCUCCUUCAGAGGAAAUUACAAAUAUAAAAAGUCAAUGCUCUGAGAAAAUUGAUCAACUGCAAGAGCUACAUGCUAUUGAAAUGACCAAGCUGGAAGAAAGGCACUCUGCUGAAAUGGAAGCUUUGAAAAAAGACUAUACAACACAGAUAAAUGCACUGACUGAAAAGUAUGAUGCUCUCAAACCAAUGGCUCAUGUUGGUAGACCAGAACCAUCUGCCACGUUGCAACUCAGGGAUAGAGAGAUCAUUGGGCAGGAAUAUACAACCAUACCAGGAGCAACCAAAAGACAGAGCAAUGUGACUUCUGCAGUUCAAUCAACUUUUCAACAAGGUACAGAGAAUCUCCCUGACAAAAUAAAGUCUUUACUUCAUGAGGUACAUCAAGAGGGUAUGCAGGUGUUAUCCCUUUCAGAAUCACCAUACCUAGAAGGACAACAGCAACCUUUAGAAAAUAACCAAGACUAUUGGCUCCAAGAAAGGCAGGGACUUCUGGAUGUUGUACAGUCACUUAAAGAUGUGCUUUCCAAAAUUCAGGGCACUGGAGAAGCAAAGGCUUUGUCUACUGAAAACAUCACGGACUGGCGGCGUGAACUACUCCAAGCUGUCCAGCAUGUUUUUAACAAAGAACAUGAUGCCUUUAUAAUGGCUCUCCACGCACAAGCAUCAUCCUUGAAUAAUGUGGAUACAAUGACAUUAUUGAACUUGUUGAAAGAACAGGAACCCAGAGGAGAGCUGAUGUGCAACUUUUUAAUGACUGCAGAUCGGAAUAGCAUGAUGAUGGAAAUACGUGAACUUUGGUCUUACCUACAGAGCGUCCAACAGGGUGACAGGAAGCCCAUUGAUGUGCGAGAGCACAGUGUACAAAGAAUGGAAUUACUGGAAAACAAUCUGAAGCAGAAGCAGGCUCAGAUUCUAACAUUACAGAUGGAAUUGAGUGCACUGAAGGCAAAGGGGGCUGAAUUCCAAGACCACCUGAAUUCAGAGAAGAUGCUGGUGGCAGAAUUAAAAAAUGAACUUUCUCAAACAAAACUGGAACUUGAAACCACACUUAAGGCACAGCACAAACACUUUAAAGAGUUAGAGAUGCUAAGGGUUGAGUUAACUGACAAGGCAGCUGCAGUAGAAAUGCUAAAUGCUGCACUGGCAAAUGAACAGAAGAAGUCACAGGAACUGGAGCGGGCAGUGGAAAAGGAAAAGCGUAAACUAGAUAGAAGGGAAGAGCAUGACCGAGAAGAAUUGGAGGAUUUAAAGUUGGCACUUGAGGAUCAAAAGCGAAAACAUUCACAGUUGGAGUGUGCUUUGGAAAAGGAACGAGUAACAGUAAGUGAACUGAGACAGAGCAUGGAUUCUGAGAAAGCCCAACACAAAGCUGAACUGUCACGUGAGAAAAGUCGCAUCAUUGAGCUCCAGGUUGUCUUAGAUGCUGAGAAAACUAGAGCUUGUGAGUUAACCAGUGCGCUUGAACAAGAACGUCAACUCGCUAAGCAGCUUCAGAGUGCAGAGGAGAUGCAGGAAGCGACGCAGAAACCAUCAGGGAAGUCCUCUGAGGUGCUGAUUAGGGACCUACAGAAACAGUUAAAUGAUCAGCGUAACCGUACAGUGGAGUUGGUGAGUGAGAUGGAAAAGUAUAAACUUGAGUCACUUCAGUUGAGGCAUCGUCUUGAGGAGCAGCAACAGAUUCAUCGGAAAUCUCUGUUAAAGGAGCAAGAAUCUCACAGACUGGUUUUGGAGAAAGUGGAUUCCUUACAGCUACAAGCAAAGGAACUGCUGCAACAGCUGGAAAAAGAAAAAUGUGAAGUUUUAAAAUUACAAAGAGAGGAGGGAAAAUUGAAAGAAACUCUUCUAGCAUUGCAGGGAAGUGAUCAAGUGAGAAGUGAAGGAGAAGUAGAACAUCAAUCAGAGACUAAUGUUACUGAGAAAAUUCAACAAACGGAGGCAACUUGUAAAUUGGGCCUUCAUCUGACAGGACAAAAAACUGGAUUAUUCAACAAAGCUGACAACAACAGAUUCAAGAAGAGUGCAUCAGUUUCUGACAAGCUUUGGUAUGCUCAUUCAGUAAGUGGGGCUGGAACUGAUGGAGGAAGCUCUGGAUCUGGAGACAAUAUUAACUUGGAGAGCAUCAGACAGAAAAUACAGCUGAUUAUUUCCAAACUCUCAAUAAUGGUCAACAAAGCUACCAACAGGAUUCAGGGUGGUGCUGAAACCACAGAUGAAAAUGACCUGAUUUGGCUACACAAUAGCAUUCAGGAUUUGGCUUUGCAGUUACAGCAGCUACAAAUUCCUGUAUUUCCAGAGCAGAACAUAAUUUCUUCUACGGGAUCAACAGCUACUCUUAUUGAGCGAUUAUUAAGGCAAAAUGCAGACUUGACGGGUUAUGUUAGCAGACUCUCUGAAGAAAAGAAUGACUUGCACAACAGUCUUCUGAAACUAGAAGAAGAGGUUCGAAAAUAUCGUCAGCUCAGUUCCAGCGGCGAGCAGUUAUCUAGAAGACCUUUGGAUAACCAGGAUUGUGUUGACACCCUAAUAAAAUCGGAGAGAACAGUUUGGGCUAAAGAAAAAUCAAACCUUCAGCAGGCCCUGAAGCUGGCAGAGGCAGAGCUGGCCAAAAUGAAAGCAGAAGCCAGAAAUGAAGCUUUACAGACAGAACUGCUUGGGUCAGGUUCUGAAAGUAUCACCAUAAAGAGAAUUUAUGGGAAGUAUCUGCGGGCAGAGAGUUUCCGAAAGGCACUUAUUUAUCAGAAGAAGUACCUGUUACUUCUGCUCGGAGGCUUUCAAGAAUGUGAGCAGGCGACACUUUCAUUUAUUGCCAGAAUGGGCGGUCACCCGUGUUACACCAGUUUACAGGUUAUUACCCAUCGUUCCAGAAAUUUUACCCGAUUCCGCUCGGUGGUCAGGGUAGCCAUAGCAAUCUCAAGAUUGAGAUUCUUGGUCCGAAGAUGGCAGAGAGCUUCUGGGUCAAGUAGCUUAAACAGGAAUGGUCAUGGACAGAUUUUAGCUAAUGAACUAAGAAUGGAUUCUCCUUUUCUACAUUCUGGGAGUAUAUCUUUGGAGUCAUCCCUGACUAGAGAAUUAUUUGGAGAUCGUAGAUACUGCACAAGUAGACAAAGAUCUGGUCAAGAAUCCCCCAGAUCAGCCACAAAUUCUCAACACAGGUAUCAAUCCAGUCUACCUGAUUCUAAUUCAGGUUCUCUGGCAGCCUCACACCUCCAAAGCUAUGACCCUGACAGAGCUUUAACAGAUUACAUUAAUAGACUGGAAUCACUGCAGCGACGACUGGGAAGUGUGCAAUCAGGUUCAGCGUCUUAUGCUCAGAUGCACUAUGGGACUAGAAGAUAGUGCAUUGGAAACUGAUUUUUGACCUGAAACUGAAUCGCCUUUGAAGCUGUGCUUUGAAUUUUUUUCCUAACUGUUUUAUGUAUAUUGUGGGACUUUUGUGGAUUGGAUAAUGAAAAUGUCUUGCCUGCAAGUCUAAAUGUAUUUUAUCCUUUAUAUAAGUUUAAGCUUCCAAUGUGCAGAAUACAAUCUGUCUAAAUAAUUUAACUGUAUAUUUGUGGAUUGCUAAUUUAAACAUGAUUAUAACUUAAUGCUGUUUAUUUAAAGGGUAGAAGGAAAAAAAAUGUUUAUUAAAUGAUUCCAAGUGCACUGCAGUCUUUCUGAUAACUGCUGAGGUUACACUACAAGGUCCAUUAUGGUGUUGGCAUGAUGGACGGUAAGUACAGUUUGUAGAGGAAUUAUUUUUGUAAUGGUAGAGGUUUUGAAUUAUAUGGGUAUUUUGUCAAAGUAUUGAAAUAAACAGGAAUUCAAAAUUCAGGUCUUUUAAAUUUGCAUUUUUUUUCUGAGAAGCUGAUGGCGAAGAUGAGAUUUUAAACUGCCUGUAGAAUUUGAACUUUGUGACAUUCUCCCAUUGUUUAUGGAAGAAUAAUUUUACUCUUGGAACUUAAAAUAAAUCUUUAACUACAUUUGACUCCUAAAACAUUAUUCAAAAUAUGCGUGUGAUGACAGUAAAUAGCAAACUGUAGCAACUCACCGUCCGGUCAGGCGAACCAGCUCGGCAGUCGGGUCGCGCGGCGUCAGAGCAACGAGGCCCAAGAUGGCAGCGGGCCUCGUCUUUCCCGAGCGACGGGGAGAACCUGCGCGGGAAAGACUUGAUGACGUAGUACUUACGUCAUUGCCGGUUGCAUUGGGCGGGAACAGUCUCCUUUAAAAGGCCCGCGCAAGGCGGGAAAAAAAAGUUCUUGUUUGAUGAUCCAUCGACUAGCGUCUUGUUUUAUUUCGCGGUAGCAACCGCUACAAAACCAAUUUAUAUGUGCAGUUAUGUUAUAUGCUUAGCACACUGUGUGAUAACAGUUGGAGCCAAACAAAAGGACAGUGUCUCCAUUCCAAGAAUCUGAGUUCCUGCAGCUUUUGAUUCCUUGCAAUGUGUGUUCAAAUUAGUCAAUUCAUGAAGGAUGUGAAUAAUAAAACUUAAGAAGUGAUGAUUAAAAAUCUAAGGUAACAGUUCAUUAAAUUGGUGUCCCUUGAUAAAUCAUGACAAGCAGUAUUUCACAGUAUCACCAUAGACACUUCAGGACUAAGUUUAUUUGCAGCUGGACAAGCUCUUGUAAUGGAUUCUCUUCUUGGCUAGCUACCACCAUCUCAUUCGCCAAGGAGCUCUUAGUGAUGUAACCCUCUUUCUAAUGUGCUGCUUUCAUUCUUCUAUAUUAUUAUUUGAAAACACAUCAGGUUCUGUGCACUUAUUGACAUUGACCAUUUGUUAUACCAUAUGUUUGAUUAUGCAUUUCUGAAUGAACUGACAGUUCCUCCAAUUAAACCAAUGGAACCAAAGGAUUUCUUUCAGCACCUGGUAAAAAUCUGUCUCCAUAACUGGCACAGCUGAUGCCUAAUCCUUAACAAGUUAUUCAGAACUUUCCUGUUAAUUCUGCUAGCUUCUCUUCCAAAUAUCAUGGUAUCUCUAGCCCUAUCCAUUUGCUGUUGUUACAUCUGUGUUUUAGGUCCUUCUCGCUUCAACCAUUGAUAUGCUUCUGGGCAGAUGCUUCCACUCCUGUGAAUAUAUCUAAACCUCACUGAGCUUCAGACAUUCAUCUAAUCCCUUGGUUAUUCAGCCAUGUUCCCAGACACUUGAAUUUUAAAUUUAGGUCACCUGUCUUAACUGUGAAGCACUUGUGACAUUACUGGUGGUAUGUAAAUCCAAAUUGUUAUUGUCAACUGGUCUUCAUUCUGCAGGGUACAGUGGUGCUAUACCAGCAUCUUUUUUGGAUGCCGAAAGUAUUUUAGGGCUGCAGUUUGGGGGCACUGGUGCCUCCAAAUAAGUUAAACUCCAAACUCAUCUCCAGAAAUAAUCACUUUCUGCAAGACAUUUCAAAUAAAAUCCCAACAAU